AUGGGGGAUCUCCCGGCAAAUAGAGUCAGGCCCUCGAGACCAUUUUCUUACGCCGGUGUUAAUUACGCCGGUCCAAUUUUUAUCCGCGAAGGCAAAAGGCGCAACGCUCAAAAUAUUAAAACUUAUAUAGCCGUGUUUGUAUGUUUCGCGACCAAGGCGGUGCAUCUCGAGCUCGUUGGAGAUCUAACCACGGACUCCUUCCUCGGCGCUCUCAAGCGAUUUCUGUCCCGACGCGGAAAGGCCAUAACCCUCUACUCCGACAACGGCACCGCCUUCGUUGGCGCAGCUCGCGAACUAAAAGAGAUACAUCAGUUUCUCUCGCAGGACGACGUUCAGUCGGACAUUAGAAAAUUCCUGUUGGAAUCGCAUAUUUCCUGGGAAUUUAUUCCUCCCAAUGCCCCGCAUUUCGGUGGGCUUUGGGAGGCGGCCGUCAAAUCGGCGAAGCAUCACAUGUAUCGUAUCAUAGGCAACGCACACCUGUCCUACGAAGAAAUGCUAACAUUGUUAUGUGAGAUUGAGGCAAUAUUAAACCCGCGACCAAUAACGCCGCUAUCAGCGGACCCCAACGACAUUAAUUGCUUAACACCAGGGCAUUUCCUGAUCGGCGAGGAAUUGAACAGUUUUCCUCGUCUAGACAUCACCGACCAAAAGUCAAAGUGGAUGUCUAGCAAGGGUGCUCAGUUGCAGGCAGGUCAACUCGUGUUAAUCAAGCAACAAGGGUUAGCCCCUCUUUUAUGGAAGACGGGCCGAAUUCAAGAUCUGCACACCGGCGGCGAUGGUGUGACUAGAUCGGCUACCGUGAAAACCUCCAAUGGUUUACUAAUGCGUCCCUUGUCUAAGCUGUGCAUUCUACCAAUAGAGAGCUAA